CAACGCAUACUUCCAUAUCAUAACUGCGUUUCACGGUUUUGCCUUGCAGAGAGCCCUCCAACUUCCCAAGCUUAAUCAACGGAAAAGAAACCCCCCAUGGCUAUCCAGACACAGGCCAAGAUUCCGGUUCUCGAUUUCUCCAACGAGAACCUCAAGCCUGGUACAGCCUCAUGGUCCUCGGUGCGCGAGCAAGUUUGCAGCGCACUCGAAGAACACGGUUAUUUUGUAGCAGAACUCGGCAAUAAAGUUCCCUUGGAGCUUCACGACACAAUGUUUGAUGCAGUACGGGAGCUGUUUGAUUUCCCCACAGAAACCAAGCAGAAAGUAAUAUAUGAAAAGCCCUAUCAUGGCUAUUCUUCUAUUGCUGAUCUUCACGAACGCAUGGUGAUUGACAAUGCAACCUCUCCGGAAGAAACUCAGAGGGUGACCAGUAUCUUCUGGCCCGACGGAAACGAUCGUUUCCGAGAGAGUGCUGAUUCAUACGUGAGGCUGAUGAAGGAAUUGGAUCAAAUGGUGACGAGAAUGCUAUUCGAAAACUAUGGCGUGGAGAAAUACUAUGACUCUCACAUGGAUUUAACCACACGCAGUCUCGGAUUUCUAAAAUACAAAGAACGUGAUAUUGAUGAUGAUGGUGAUCAGAAGACAGGGUUGUCGAGGACCGAAGGCCUUCCAAGCCAUGCGGACAAGCACUUCACCUCCAUACUUCAUCAAAAUCGUGUAAAGGGUCUGGAGAUAAAAACAAAUGAUGGCGAAUGGAUUUGUUUCGAUCCAUCGCCUACAUCCUUUAUACUCUUGGCAGCCGAGUCACUCCAGGUAUGGAGCAAUGACAGGAUUCAAGCUUGCUUCCAUCGAGUUAUGAUGACUGAAAACGAAACGAGGCACUCACUUGGGUUGUUUGCAUUUAAUGAUGGGGUUAUCAGUGUGCCAGCAGAAUUGGUAGAUGAAGAACACCCUUUGCGAUACAAACCCUUAAAUUUGAUUGACUUUUUAAAAGCACAGGCCGUUCAUGCUACAGCACUUUCAGUGAAAGCCUUUUGUGGUGUUUGAACUUUGAAGCACUGAUCUUUCUGUUCAAAGAAACUCAGCUCUAAGUACAUACGUACUGGAGGGUACCUCAAUGCUUAUGUACGUGUGUUUUGCACUAUGAGAUAGAUCAUGGUUUAAGUCGAUUGGUGGUUUUUCCUUUCUGUAUCAUGUAUUUACAAGUGUCUCUCUAUGUGUCUUUAUUAUAUAUUUCACAGAUCUUAUGUCUUUUUUAAUGGAAUGUUAUCAAUAACUUGAUGAUCACUCAUAUUUAUUUACUCA